GCUUCUCUAUGAACGCCAGUGGGGACCUUCUUUAAUCGGCGUCGCACUGUCAUGCUUUUUUGGUCCCUCCGUUUUUGUUGAGAGUAACAUUUACAGAACACUUACAGCUUUAUUAGAUCAUGGUAACUACGUGUUAUUGAAGACAACACGUAUUUUCACAUUUAUUUCACUUUUAAAGGGAAACGGGCGUUUUGCUCUAUUGCUUACCGGCUAACCAUGUGGUGCCGGAGCCGUUAUGUCCUUGAAGGUCUCGCCCGGGAGUUCAGUAGAGUGACGGUUUCUCCUGUUAAAAACUUCUCACAAACUGCGUGCAAGAACACGGUCGUUGUUGAGCGAUGGUGGCAGGUACCGCUCUCGAAGGAAGGACGGCCGCCGCGGCUCCACCCCAGGCGGCAUCGGGUCUACAAAUUGGUGGAAGACACCAAGCACCUUCCGAAGGAGAAGAUGGAGCUCAUUCUGACACAGACCGUUCCCAAGUUUGGGGGCCGGGGAGACACGGUCAUCGUGAAGAAGUCUGUGGGGCGCAACAAGCUCCUGGCAGAGGGGCUCGCCGUGUACCCCUCCCCCGAAAACAAGCAGAUGUUCCUGGCUGAAAAAAAGCAGCUGCAGGAGGGGAAGCUGGAGGGGAGGACCCAGACUCGCACAGGAGAGCUGACAGUGAAGUUCCUGAAAGGCUGUCGCCUGGAAGUGGGUAUGAGGAACAACGUGCGGUACGAGCUGACUAAAGAAAUCGUCUGCCGCCAUUUCCUCCGGAGGCUAGGAGUGUUUGUCUCGCCCCAUGCCCUGACACUUCCAGAAGAGCCAAUCACGCGAUGGGGAGAGUACUGGUGUGAAGUUACGGUGAACGGGCUGGACACAGUGCGCGUCCCCAUGUCCGUGGUGAAUUAUGAGAAACCCAGGACGAAACGUCGCAAGAAAUGGCAGAAGGGGGAGGAGCCCACACUGCAGGGAGCAGAGCUGAUGCCGCAGGGGGAGGAGCCGGCACCGCAGGGGGAGGAGUCAACGCCACAGGGAGCGGAGCUGAUGCCGCAGGGGGAGGAGCCGGCACCGCAGGGGGAGGAGUCAACGCCGCAGGGAGCGGAGCUGAUGCCGCAGGGGGAGGAGCUGGCGCCGCAGGGGGAGGAGUCAACGCCGCAGGGAGCGGAGCUGAUGCGGCAGGGGGUGGAGCUGGCACCGCAGGGGGAGGAGCCAGUGCCGCAGGAGGUGGAGCCGGCACCGCAGGGGGAGGAGCCAGUGUCGCAGGGAGUGGAGCCGGCACCACAGGGGGAGGAGCCAGUGCCGCAGGGAGUGGAGCCGGCACCACAGGGGGAAACCAAAAGGCCUGGCUCAGACGAGCCAGCCAAGAACGACCCGUAACACAGCCCAAUGUCCGUUUCAGGACCGCUGACACCAGCGAGUGGGGGGGGGGGGGGAGAGGUGCAUCGUUAAAAUCUCUUAUUUAAAGCAUUGUCUAAUAUGCCAGAGACAUUUCCCCAGUGGUGACUGAAGAAAACACGUCCAAAGCACUCUCAGUCUAGACUUGCACCUAACUACUCCCCCACCCAACUCUUUGUGAUGUCACCAACUCUUUGUGAUUUCACUGACUCGCAUUACAUCAUCCCCAUGGGGGGCGUGGCUGUGGCUCUAUGCCGUUAUUGGUUGAAAAGCGUUUCUGUGUAAUCCUGGCUUGUUUCUUCUCUUUGUUAUGCAAAUGUGUCAAAUCAGGUUGGUGGGGUCAUUUCCAUUCUGUGGGAAUCCACUGAAAUUCAGUUAAUGAACUGAGAAUUGCAUGUGUCCGGGUUCCGGGUGGACAUUUCAGUUCAUGAACUGAAUUUCAGUUGAUUUUCUGAAUAGGCUGGUUUAAAAUGGGAUCAACCCCAAGCCUGGUAUGUCAUGGAGUUUGACCAGAGCACCUGCUUGUGGAAGCAUAAUCAUCAUCCUCAUCGCUAGUAUCAUCACCGUCAUCAUCAAGGGUCCUGUGUUAACUAUUGGGUGUGAAAUGGUGUCCCUCUUCUUAUCUUGUUCUUGUUUGGGUGGGAGGGGGGGAAGGACAAAACAAAAAUCUGAGCCUACGGUCAUAAAGCAUCCCGGCGUACAAGCGCUGAUCUAGGAUCAGUUGUGGCUUUUGGCUGUUUAUGGUUAUGAUUGGGAUAUGGACAGGGGAAAACCUGAUCUCAGAUCAGCUCUCAUAUGCUGAGAUACUGUACAGAUACAGAACCCUGGAAGCUUUUGCCCUCGUGAUGGGUAUAAAGAGUGAGACUGAUGUUAAAAGAGACUUCACAAACCCUAAAAGUUUAAGCUGCCAGCAGCCGUGACGCACCCUUUUGGGCCGAGCACAUUUCACUUUGGAGAGCAAGCCCUCGGAUUGGCUCGUCGCCGGGGCUGUGAUUGACAGCCCGGUUCACAAGGUGUCACUCAUAAGCAGCGAUGCGUACCCGCGGCCGCCAUUUUGUAAAGUAAUAAAAACGACGUGUGAAUCCGCGCGUCGUGAGAGAUUAGUCAUCCAACGGGCUCUCGACACGACCAGGUGGCUCGCCAAGUCUUUGAAGUGUGUCUGCAGAAGUCCAGGCUAAAGGAAACAUGUUUUGAAUAUUAAUGAGAUGGCGACGGUUGCAUUUUGUAGGAGUGCAAAGAAAAAAUACAGUAUCACAAAAUCCAGCAUCUUG